AUGCCAACUUCAUCGCCUGUUCAUUCGAGUCCAUCGAAAUCUCACAGCCCUUCACACAUUUCAUCACCACCUCAACAGCUGUCGGAGCCUGACAACCCCCACGAAAACCCAUUGGAGGUGGACGAUGACUCCGAUUCAGAUUUCCCCGAAGACGAUAGCGCAAGUGACACUACGUCGAUAAAAACGGAUAUUUGCGCAUACCGAUUUGAGAAUGGUAGGAGAUACCACGCCUAUAAAGAUGGCGCCUACUGGGGGCCUAACGAUGAUCGACAAAACGAGCAAUUAGAUAUUGCACAUCAUAUGUUUUCUCUUUUAUUAGGUGGAAAACUGCUCCUUGCACCAAUCGACGAGAAUAUACAGACUGUCCUUGAUCUUGGUACUGGCACCGGAAUAUGGGCAAUAGACUUUGCCGACGAAUAUCCCUCCGCCGAGGUAAUUGGAACUGACCUAUCUCCAAUACAACCCUCUUUUGUUCCACCAAAUCUACGGUUCGAAAUUGAUGACGCGAGCGAGGAUUGGACGUUUCCGGUUGACCACUUUGAUUUAAUACACAUACGAGCCCUUUACGGCGCAAUAUCAGACUGGCCAAAACUUUACUCUCAAGUUCUCACGCAUUUGAAACCUGGCGCAUGGUUUGACCAGAUAGAGAUGUCCAUCGAAUUCCGAUCGGAUGAUGGAACCGUUACUGAUGAUCAUGUGCUCGCGAUAUGGUCGCGGACGUUUAUAGAAGCUGGCGAAAGAAUCGGUAAAACUUUUCGAAUCGCUGACUUGGCCAAAAAAUAUAUGGGCGAGGCAGGCUUCCAAAACGUCGUGGAGACCAGAUUCAAACUUCCCGUGGGAGGUUGGGGGAAAGAUAAACAGAUAAAACGGCUCGGCCAGUGGAAUCUUCUCCAUUGUGAGGAGGGCAUCGAAGGCUGGGCGAUGGCCUUGCUGACCAGAGUCAUGCAGUGGACUUACGAAGAGGUCCAAAUGUUUUUAGCUAAGAUGCGGGCCGGGCUUCGCGACCCGAAGACCCAUGCAUACUUCUAUGUGUAA